ACACACACUAUGUCCUGGCUCCACAUCAUCGGCUGAAUGUCAGGAACCAGGACAGGGCUCUUCGACGAGCAAGAGAGUUGAUCACGUCAUUCCUCAUCAGAGCAGAAGCACAUUCGCUAUCGUUCUACACCUGUAUAGCGGAUUCGCGGAGCAAGAAGCGCUCACCGGGGGCGGUGGAAACCAGAAGGCGAAGAGAAGAAAAGGAGCACAUCUCAGACCUUCAACGAAGCCGGUCCUCGAUGCACAGCCUAAAGCAUUUCGCCGUGCAACAUAUCCGGACGUGGGACCCACGCGACAUACGAGAACUACCGUCGGCAGGUGCGCCAGGCUCAGACCAAUCAGGUAGGGAUCCCAGGCUCACCUUGUGGUCACUGCAGGAGGAAGCAUGAGACUUGGACUCGACUGCUUGCCCCUGACGCUGGACGCCAGACGGGGGGCCUGGCUGCCGAUGGACCAGACGUCGAUGCGGAGAUUGGCGGAGGAAGAAUAUAAUUUGUCACGUUCAGGAGCUGUCACACGGCCCCCGGCCGGUGUGCACAAAUCCGAGAUGACAGAAUCUAGAUGUCCGAGCGAGAGUGGAACGGAGCCGACGAGACUUUGCUGGAGGUGAUCUUCGCUUUCAAGCGCGCGUGGGACCGGGCUGUUGAGAGUCGAUGACCAUCCGCACAAAAGCCUCGACUGGCCUGCGACCGACGGAUUUCGUCGAGCACACCGGAUAGCGUUCUGGAUCGCGGGCUGGUCGGGCAAUUGUAACAGUUCCCUCUUGCAUCGAAAAUCUUCUGUGGAGAUUGUGCGUCGGACGUACAGCGCAUGCAAUCCUUGGUGGUGAUCACGGACGAUGGGCGAGGGCCCAGUGCCUGAGAUAAGGAUUCACCCGCCCAGUGAAGUACGACCUUCCAGACCAACGCCCUAUCGUUGUCCCCUGCGCACUUUCGAGAACAACUAUGGGCGUUCGUUGUGCCAUCCCCCUUGUCUGAACACCUGCAGGGUAGGUGAUUGACCAUGGGCGAAUUGCGGAUUGUGCCUAGAAGUAGUCAGACGUUGGACAUCUUUCACCGAUCUUGAACGGAAUCCUCUUCCCUGGGAGGUCCUUAUCAUGCAUAUGGACGGUGCGUCAGCGGCAUGUCUUGGCUUGCAGUAAGCGAUCGUGUCGCUGCAGAGGAAGCGCUCUCCGGGCUCCUGUCAUCGCAGACCCUGUGAAUCGGUCUCCGACGGCCCGCGUCAACUUCGCGGUGUAUUUCCGACUUGGGCUUCUUCGAAGACACAGUCUUGUCCGUUCUUCAUGCGCCAUUUGUAAUCCAGCCCUUCGAGCACGCCUUGACUCGCCAGAAGGCUCGAUAAAUCCCGGGAAGGCGGCUGUGCGUUGUGGACAGCUCAUGACGGACGACCACUUGCACAGGAAGUUCUUGAGGUACGGCUUCUGUCGAGCGUAAGCCGUAUUGCUCCAUCACUAUCCGAAGACGUUUGUUUAUAUUCGUGUCGAGCCCGUGAUGACACCAUUAUGCAGGCGCAGUUGCACUAAGUGGAAGAACGUGAGAAUACCGCCAUGAGUUUCUGGUUGCUCCAGGGCGAUCAGCUCUAUUGAGGGUAGCAUGGGGAUUGUCUGCAGCCUGCCCCCAAAGCGGAGCAGAGAACCCACGGUAGCUCCCCAAUUAUCAAUGACUUUGGUAUAUCCGGACCAUCGCUCGACGAAGACGUGAACGGUGCGUAACGACCGCACUGGUCCCUUGCCCUGAACAUUUCAUCUGAUCGGUUCCUGGAACGCAGUUACAGAUGCGCUGGAGCGCACACCUGCCAUGUCCGCCCGGCAGGCAGCCACGAAGACGGCGGGUGCGCACGUCGCCUGCCGAAGAAGGCCCGAUCGCGCCGAUGAGAUGGAGUGAGUGUGAUUGGUCUUGGCGAUACCUGACUUGGGUUCAGACGGCUGCCUGAAUGCACUCCUGAGUUGAGGGUGGUCAGAGAUGAGAGGGAUUAUCGGUAUCCAGAG